AUGAAUUUAUCAUUACCUUUAAACAAAGAUAAUAGUGGUAAUAGUGGUAAUAGUGGUAAUAGUGGUGGUAGUGUUUGUAGUAGUAAUAAUACAUUAUCGCCAAUAUUAUCAAAUUCAAUACUUUCAUCACCAAUAUCAUCACCAAGAUUAAUAAGUUCAAGUAAUAAUAAUAAUAAUAAUAAUAAUAAUAAUAAUAAUAAUAAUAAUAAUAAUAAUAAUAAUAAUAAUAAUAAUACAAUAAAUAGUGAUAGUAAUAAUAAUAAUAAUAUUAAUAAUAAACCAAGAAAAGCAGGUAUUCAAUUAGAUUCAGAUGGUUGUUUAAUUAAAAGAAUUAUAAAAGAAGGAUAUGGUGAAAUACCACCACCAAGAUCAAUUGUUACAGUUCAUUAUGAAGGAUAUUUAUCGAAUCAAGUUUUAUUCGAUUCAUCAGUACAAAGAAAUUCACCAUUUACAUUUCAAAUGGGUACAAAAUCAGUUAUUGAUGCAAUUGAACUAUCCAUUUCAACAAUGAAAGUUGGUCAAGAAGCUGAAAUCGUUACAACUCAAAGAUAUGCAUUUGGUAAAUUAGGUUUACCACCUUUUAUACCCCCAAAUGUUUCAGUUAUUUAUAAAAUUAAAUUAUUAUCAUAUAAAUUAAAAUCAAAUGAUUUUACAAAUUUUGAAUCAUUAAUAAAUAAAUCAAAAGAAGAGAAAGAGAUUGGUAAUCAGUUCUUUCAGAAAUCAAAUUAUAAGAAAUCAAUUAGACAUUAUGUAAAGAGUAUUUGGAUAUUGAAUGAUCCAGAACAAACAUUAGGAUUAAAUGAAAUGGAGAAUAAAUUAUUAAAAGAUACAUUAAUAAUUUUAUAUUUAAAUUUAGCAUCUUGUAAUAUUAAAUUGAAAGAUGGUAAAAGAGGUAUAAGUAAUUGUGAAAAGAUAUUGGAAUUGGGUGGUAAUACAACUGCUAAAUUCUAUUAUCGUAUGGGUCAAGCUUAUUCUUUAAAUAAACAAUAUGAUUCUGCUAAAAGAUGUUUAGUUCAAGCAAUUCGUUUAGAACCAAAUGAUAAAUUAUUAAGAGAUGAAUUAGAAAAUAUUAAAAAAUUACAAGAAGAAAAUAAUAAAUAA